ACCUGAUUAUACAGUAUAUGAUUAUGAAACACUCUGUACCAGAAUAUGUAGGGUUAUACGCUGCUCAAUCUGUGUGUAUGAGAAUGUAUCUAACUAUAUAUAGAGCUACACACAAUUUUAACAUUAUGUAUGGAUGUGGAGAAUCUGUAUGUAAUUAUAGUUUGAGACACUGCUUAAAGGGAAGAAUCCACAUAGAUAUAUCGGAAUAAAAACAAAGUUGCUGGAAAAGCUCAGCAGGUCAGUUCUGAGGAAGGCUCACCGGACCCAAAACGUUAACUCUGUUUUAUUCUUCACAGAUGCAGCCAGACCUGCUGAGCUUCUCCAGCAACUUCUGUUUUUGUUCCUGAUUUACAGCAUCCCCAGUUCUUCCUGUUUUUAGACAUAUGGGAAUGUUUACUUCCACCCAAGAAGGCAAACAGGUCCUCAGUUUAAUAUCUCAGCUGAAAGAUGGCAAUUUUUAUCUUGUUUGGUGUUGGGAUGUGAAUGUUCCUGGGAAGACCAGCAUUUGUUUGCUCAUCCUAAAUGUCUUUGAAAGUGUGCCUGGAGAAGAUGCAACACUGGGACUGUCGACUCGUAUUUUGUGCUGAAGUCUUAAAUUGGGACUUGAAAAUCCACAAACCUCUGACUCAAAGGCAUCAAUACCAACCAUUGGUGAAGUAGACAGAUGUAAUAAUUCACAUUUACAAGGAUGUUGCCAGGGUUGGAGGGUUUGAUUUGUAGGAAGGGGCUGGUUCUAUUUUCCUUGGAACAUCGGAGGCUGAGGGGUGACCUGAGAGAGGUUUAUAAAAUCAUGAGGGGCAUGGAUAGACAAGGUCUUGUCCCUGGGCUGGGACAGUCCAAAACUAGAGGGCACAGGUUUAAGGUGAGAGGGGAAAGAUUUAAAAGGGACCCAAGGGGCAGGGUUUUCAUGCAGAGGGUGGCGUGUGUUUGGAAUGAGCUGCCAGAGGAAGUGGUGGCGGCUGGUACAGUUACAACAUUUAAGAGGCAUCUGGAUGGGUAUGUGAAUAGGAAAGGGAUAGAGGGAUAUGAGCCAAAUGCUGGCAAAUGGGACUAGAUUUAUUUAGGAUAUCUGGUCGAAAUGGAUGAGUUGGACAGAAGGGCCUGUUUCUGUGCUGUACAUCUCUAUGACUAUCAUGGCUACAAUUUAUUCUGGGAUUCAUCUAAAGCUGAAAAGUACGAAGACCCCAUGGGAAGACAAGCUAAAACUGGCUCGAUUUGCCUGGAUUUCACACCAGUGUUUUCUGCCCAACAAGGAACAGAUUUUAAUGGAUUGGGUUUGUCGUGCAUUAAGUGGAUAUUACAGCAAAAAGCCACAGUUUGGAGAUGACAUUCUGGAAGGUCUGUGGACGUACCUAGAUGAUAUUCUUCAUAGCAAAAAGCUGCAGAAACUGAUUGAGAAAGGGAAGAUUAUCACUCUUCAUGCUACCAUUGCACAGAUUAUAAAUGACCGGAUCAGGGAACACUGCAGCAACAUGCCAUCGAAUGCCACCCUGUCGAAUCUAAUGACGGUGCUGAACUGCUGUCAUGGUAUUCUGACAUCUCCUGCCUUCGCUAUCAUCUACAGCAGCAAGUGGGAGCUGCUGGUGGAUCUGCUCUGCAUGCUGUCCUUGCUGCUCUGCUGUAGGUUGAAGUCGACAGAGGCCUUGCGCUGCAAGCAGCUCUUCGAGGUCCUCCUGCUGGCCUUUGACCUGUACCUCGUCGCUCAGAGGCAGCAACGCAGCCGGGGCCGGGUUUUCCUGCAGAUCUGCAGCCAUCUCCUCCAGCCCUUCCUCCUGCUGAGGCACCUGCUGUCCUCAAGGUGCUGGACAAGCGAGGACGACGUGGCCGUGCGGCAGCACCUCAGCAAAGAGGUGGCUCACAAGAUCCAGGCUGCCCUCCAGGGCGGCCUGUUCCACGCCGACCACCUGAACUUUUACAGGGAAGAGCUUCUGCAAGACAACGGCUCACAGGAAAAGAAGGUGAACCUACCCAAGGACCUGGUGGCCCCCAUCGAGACGAUGCUGUCCAAGUUGACCAACGCUGGUCUCUUCAGCCCAGAUCUGCACUCUGCCGUGGUCGCGGGCUCAGUCCCGCUGCUGUACAGGCUCUCUCUGGAGUCCUACUGCAGGGAGGGGAAUCACCUGCUUGGUUUCCACAUCUUUGCCAGGUUCUUUGACACUCUGGGCUUCCCUGAACCAACAGGGGUCAGGUCUGGACAAGAGCCCGCGGACUGGAAUCCCGGGUUGAUAGCGCUGGACCAGCUGCUCAGUUUGACCUUGGGCAGCAACAUUUACAAUGUGGCAGUGGACAAAAUCCGGUGUGGGGGGCUGCAGUUCACCCUGUACUCCAGAGUGGCAGAAACGUUGCUGUCCUACCCUCGCCAGGAGAUACCGGCCUGGUUCCGGUGCCUGAGGACCUUAAUCUUGCUGAAUCAUUUGAUCGUGGAGCCGAAUCUGGAUGACCUGGUGUCGCUGGCGUGGCUGGACGCCGACGUCAGCGAUCCGCGGGUUGGCAGAGCCCAGGAAUCGCUGCUGUGUACGCUGCUCGAAACUUACACCAAACUGCGGCAGCUGCCCAGGCUCUUCCAGGAGGUGUUGGCCAUUAUCGCUCGCCCAGCUGCUGAUGAAUUGAGGCGGCCCGUCCUGUCGGCUGGUCUCACCGAGAAGCUCCAUGCAUGCCUGUUGGAGCUUCCGGCUGGUCAAGCACUGGAUAUCUGGGAUCUGAUGCUGAAGAGCCUGGAAGUCUUGAUCCCGGACCUAAGCGGGGACUCGGAUCUGGCACUGAAAGCUCUGGCAGUAAGCACUCUGCUGAAUGCUGUUCUCUUGAACAUGAAGAGCCUGGAUGACAAAACACCGGUGCCGGUCCUGAAGCGGGCACAGCUUCUGAUGGACAAGAUGACCCGAGCGGUGGUGACACCACUCCUGCGUACAGUCAGUGAGCCCUCCGGCAAAGACCGUUCCCCAUGGGCCCUGAGGGCUGAGAGCUCGGGCCUGCUCCUCCACUCCACUUGGGUCCAGCUCGAUCACAUGCUGAAGUUGAACUGUAGCAAGUACGUCUCACCGGGAGGUGCUGAGGCCGGGGAGCAGGGUCUUCAUUGCGGCCUCCCUCUGGAGUGGCGGGGUGUCCCGGGCCAGAGCAGCGCGCUGAGCUGCCACUUCCUCCAGCUGCUGGCAAUCCAGGGAAUGAAAAGUGUCAUGAUGCAGCCGGGCUCACGGACGGAGGCGGAGGAGGCGUCACUGAGAUCGGCCGCGGCGCGUGUCGUGCGGUUGGGGGAGGACGCUGUAAAAAACGCCAGCGCCUGGGCCUGGGACGGAGAGCUCGGCACCAUCAAUGACGAAACGUACGCUGUGGCGCACUGGCACCUGCUCAUGUCGAACCUCGCCCUGCUGCUGCCCCACCUCCCCGAGCCGGAGGUGUCCCACUUGGCGGACGUGGUGACGGCAAACCUGUUACUGCCCGAGCCGGAUCGGGGCUCAGAAGACUGUCUCUCCAUCCCAGCAAUGUGCAGGAGUCUGCUCCGCAGCAGCUUGCUCCCAGAAAUGCAGCCACUGCACCAUGGCGUUUUACUGCACCUGAUGGAAGAGGUGAGCAGCCUGCUCCCUGGCACUAGGUUUAACCUGCCCGCCUGCUUGCUCAAACAGCCGGGUGAUGGUGGUGAUACCAGCCAGGAGGCUGGUAGCCAGCAGAGCAGCGCUUUGGACUCGCUGGGAUCUCACCCCAGCCCCACUCCAGGGAGUUCACUUCUAAAGGAAACACCCAACCACACCCUUUCGGAGCAUCAGCUGGAUCAUCUCCUGCAGCUUUUGGACCUUCUUGGUGCCCUGAGGUUGGACAGCCUGAGUGGCGCUGAUCACUUCCAUUGCUUUGUUCUGCUUGUGUCCCUGGUCAUGACCCUCAAACCCAAACUGGAAAAGGCCAACGCCACCAAGUGUCUGCAGGCACUGAGCCGGACCUACGUCCUCCUCACCGUCCUGCAGACAGGCACCAGCCGCAACGUGGUCUUCAAACGGGCUCACUCUGGCGAUAUCCUGGAGAAGGUGAUGUCCCCUCUGUUUGCAGCCAGCAGCCAGUUGGCUAGCUGUGCAGAGUGCCCGGUCUGGCCAGAGUUCCUGGAUGCAGUCCAGAGGUUCCUGACUGUCUCUGCCCAGGCUGUCAUCGAAAGGAAGCAAAGCAUGUGCCUGAACUUGGAGCAGUUUGUCGCUUUCCUCUCCAGCACCUGGUUAUCCUCGGCGAAGAACAAGUGGAGACUGGUGACUGAACAGCUCCUCAUCACUGCACUGUCAGCCUUGAGUCGAGUCAUCGUGAAGGUGCCACUGCAACCCGACAAGACCAGGCACACUGGCAACACUCUGCAUUCCCUGCUAAUCCAACUCGUAGGGCUCCUGGUUGAGGUUCUCCAGUCCCAUUCCGACAGGGAUGGAAGAUUAGAGCAGAAUCUGACUGUGCUUGGAGUUACUGCUCUCCUUGAAACAGAGUUGUGCCUUAGAGAAGUGGAGGAGGAGGAGGAGGAUGUGGUCCACAAGGAGGCUGGUGUGAUCCAUGAAAGAGGGAACCAAGACACACAGAGCUUGAAACACGCCGACUUGUACCAGAGGACAUGUUUGCAGGUUCUUCACCGACUUCCCUCUUCCCCUGAUGACCCAGAAUCUGUCCAAACACAACUUGAAUUUUUACGGAUCUACGGUUCAACUUCAGGUCUUUGCUCUGAUUGUGAUAACGAGACUGGCAUCCCCUCUGUUCUCAGUGCUGUAAAGGCCUUGCUCACAGCUCCACAGGUGACACAGCAGUUCAUUCAGUCGCUGGAAGCUCAGCUUGUCGAACUGCUGCACUGUGUCGCUGAAAGGUGUACAGAACAACAGUUUUACCUCAUUGUGAAGUCCAUCGCACAGGGUCUUGAGGUCAAUAACCUUUGGAAUGGACAACAUCAGGAAGUCGUGUCAUCUUUGAACCUGACCACGCUCUUCUUGAAAUGUCCCCUGAGUGGAGAUGUAGAAAAGACCCUUUGGUUUAUAGUUCCUCAGAUCAUCAUGGCGCUAAUGGUUUUGUGUAAGGAAGCAGCCCUGGAUCAGCCCUGGGGCUUUAAGGUCACUGUGCUCAGUUUGGAGACCUUGGCAGUUCUGGUCCGUCAGGGAGAAGGCAUCCUCUCAAACCCACAUCAUGUGGCUGUUGCAUUUGAUGUUUUGUUGUGUGUUCCACUUGAUCAUCUCAGGCUGGAUGAGUAUGGAUCUAUUUUUCGAGCCAUCCAGGAGGUGCUGUUUGCAAUAUUGCAGUCUCAGCCUAAGAUUUUGUUCAAUGCAGCACCCACUUUCUUUCAGUGCUUUAACCGGCUGGUGCUUUCAGUUAUGCAUAAAGGGCGUCAGAAAUGCGUUGGAGAUAAAGGUGUGACUGAAGUCAGUGAAGUGGUCCUGGAAUGUGCAUAUUUGGUCGAAAGGAUGUGCACUCAGAUUGCGUCAAAAGAAGAGAAAUUUGCAAUGUUUUCCUCCUUUGCAGUGGCAGAGUACGUCACUGAGUUACAAAAGGUCACCCUUGACCCAGAUGUGAAAAGACAUUUGACGUUAGGAAUGUAUCAUCUCCUGGACCUGGUCACAGAGAGCGAUCUCCGGUUCCUCAGUGCAUCACUACAGCCUGGCAUGAGGGAAGUGUUUAAGGAGUUGUACAACGGUUACACGCACUACCACAAGAGUAAAAAACAAGGCGAGGAGAAAUACACAGCCUGAACUGAAAGGAACAAGCCAUCGUUCGCUUUUGCAGAUUUGCACCGCUCCCUCUCACCAAAGAUCUCGCUUGUGGUUGCCGAGCCUUGGUGAUCAGUUGCCCACCGGGGUCCGAGCCAGUGGGGUGGUUCACCUCUUGAUCCUUGAGUGGGAAUCAGAGAUUUAACCAUUUCUUCAGCCAGUGCCUACAUCUGUACUUGUCACAAAACCAAGCUGAAAAGGAAACCCAGCUCUUUCAAACCCAAACCUCUACAACUGAGGCUGAUUCACUAGUUUUAGUUGCCUGUUGAGAUCAGCCAAGAAAACAUGGUUUAGCAACCUUCUCAGUCAGCACCCUUUUAAAAGAUAUGAAAAUAACUGGGAUAUGAUGAGGCACCUCCUCUCUCUCCACUCCUUAUAGUUCUGUGUGGAUCAACUAGCCAAUUAAAUGGCUCUGUACUAUAUCUGGGGAGGUGUGCUGCUGGUAUAAUUCCUGUUACAAUCCAUGCACAAACGCAGUGCUUGAAAGUGAGGCAAGAAUUAUUUUUAGACAUUCUGCUCAUCAUUGGCUUGACUUAUUGAAAUUGUUAUUUGUUCAUGAAAAUGUGGAACUACCAGCUAGUGCUGCAUUAAUUGCCCAUCCCUAAUUACCUUCGAGGUGGUGUUGGUGAGCAGCCUUCUUGAACCACUACAGUUCUUGGAUGUAGGAACACCAACAGUGCUGUUAGGAAGGGAGUUGAUGGAUUUUAACCCAGGAACACUGAAAUGACUACAAUAUAAUUCCACCUCAAGAUGGUGUGUAACAGGGUAGUGUUCCUAUGUGUCUUCUGCCCUUGUUCUUCGAAGAGGAGUUUGGUGAGUUACUGCAGUUCAUUUUGUAGAUGGUAUACGCUGUUAUUGCUCUGCGUCAGUGGUGAAAAGAGUGCCACUCAGGAGGGUUCCCUUGUCCUGGAUGGCUUGAGUGUCAGUGGCGUUGUACAUACCCAGGCAAGUAGACAGGCAGUGAGUUACUUGCCACAAGAAUUACUGACCUACUGUUCUGGUCACAAAGUUAAAAGGGCUGGUCAAGUCCACUUUUGAGUUAAUGAUAACCAUCUUCGUCUCCCCAAACCCAGGAAGUUGCUGCUUGACGGCAAGGGCAGAUAUAUUCGUAUCCUCUCUGAAGUUCUGUAUUUCCGUCCAUAUUUGGACAAAGGCUGUAACAGUCAGAGCAGAACUCAAACUGUGUCAAUCAGUAGAUUCUUGUUGAAUGAGUGCUGCUCAACAGCAUUACUGACAACAACGUGCAUCAUGCAGCAGAUGAUCAAGAGCAGACAAACUGCUAAUUGACAGAUAGUGGAAACAGUUUGGUGUCAAAGCCUGGUCAGAGUCAUGAGUAUGCUGGGCUUUGACUUAUUAACAAAGCCUGUACUUUAAGAUUUACAGAUUUGAAAGGCUAGACAGAAAAAGCUUGCUGGUCCAUAGGAAAUGUGGUGUAAACUCAUUUAAUAGGCAGCUUAUUCCAAUGGGCCAGUUAGCUCCUUGUGGACUGAUUAGUGUUAAUUUAUGAGGCUGAGCCUUCUUAGCACAGUAGGUAGCGCAUUAGUCUCAUAAUGUGUGGGUCCUGACUUCAAGCCACAGAAGGCAAGCUUGUGAGCUGAUGGCUCAGUAGUUAGCACUGCUGCAUCAUAGUGCCAGGGACCUGGGUUUGCACAUUCUCCCUUGGUCUGCAUGGGUUUCAAUAGAUGUGCAGCCUAGAUCAAUUGGCCAUACUAAAUUGCCCAUAAAUGUUCAGGGAUGCAGACAUUAGGUGAGUCAUGAGGGAUAGGUCGGAGUGGGAUGCUCCAAGGGGUGGUGUGGACUUGUUGGACCAAAGGGACUGUUUCCACAUUGUAGGAAUUCUAUAUUGUAUUAGUUAAUAUUGCUUUAUUGCUGUUGUAUUUUAGCUUAUUUGUAAAUAAAUAUGGAACAAUUCUAACCGAA